GGUUGCCCUUGGCGAUGGUUGGCAUCAGGCACCGCCCCUCUCCCAGUGGCGAGGCGGGCUUGCAGUGGGAGCCAGUUGUCCUUGUGUCCUGGUUUCUCUGGCUAUGUUGCGGUCCCCUUGUUGCUCACUUGGUUGAGACUCUAGCAACUACGCUGUCCAGGGCUCUGAGCCGCGCUUUGCUGGGAGGUGGAUUUGGCUGCGACGGAACCCAGUGGAAGGACUUGCCUGCGUUCUUUAGUGCCGCUUGUUCCGAUUUUUUGAAAUUGCUCACUUUUUUGAAAUUAAGAAUUGUUAAUCUCAGAGUUGCUGUCAUGGCUCAGCAGUUAAUGAAUCUGACUAGCAUCCAUGAGGACGCAGAUUCAAAGACCAGAGAGAGACUCUUUGAUUUAGACCCUGGGCUAUAAAAGGGCAUGGAAGGAGGCUGGAUAUGGAUUUCUCAACUUCCAUUUGGAAAGCAGGUGCCUGGAAUUACUGUCCCACCAAAACAACUCAUAACAGAAGAAAAAGAAUUCCACACAGAAAAGUGGGAGCAUAUUAUGAAAGAUAAUGUUGCCAGCCCCCUAAAAAUGUCCACUUUAAUAGUUUUUCUUUAAAAUUGUUUUACUCUCUUUUUAAAAAUGAUUUCUGUAAAUGACUCAUUGUUUUAUUUAUCAAGACUACUACUUUUUUACUUUCUGAUGUAUUUACAAUUAUUUAUCUUUAUUAUCUCUUUUCUAUCAUUUUUAUUAUUUUGAUUAUUUUUUAAAAUAGUAUCCUGAGUUGUAUGCUUAGUUCAGUUUUUUCAGUGCUUUUUUUGGUUAUAAAAUGUUUAAUAUAAUUUGGAUAUAUAACUGUCUUUUGUUUUCUUCUGUUCUUUCUAAGCUUAGAAAUUCCAACCCCUACCUAAAGUUUAAUAUCUGUUUCAGGAGCUCCCAUUGUGGCUUAUCAGGUUACGAACCCAACUAGUAUCCAUGAGGAUGCGGGUUCAAUCCCUGGCCUCGCUCAGUGGGUUAAGGAUCUGGCACUGCCG